AUGCAGCCGACGAUUAGCAGGUUUUUCAAGGCUGUGAGUGUGAAGGAGGCGGACGCUGGUUUGGAUGAGACGAAUGCUGGCAAUUCUGUUGACAAUUCGAUCAUGAUAGAUGACAGUGAGGAAGAUGAUAGUGUAGCAGGUGCUGCGGUGGAUGUGUUGUCGACUGUGACCAAUGCUGAUGUGAGAGCAGCUGUAGAAGAAGAAGAAGAAGAAGAAGAUGAUGAUCCGAGUGUGCAGUUGCUCUCCAAAUAUGCAAAUGCCGUACCUGACAAAAGAAAUCGUAGCGGUAGUGCUAGUGCUAUGUCUGAGGGGAGAGACCGUAGCCACAGUACUAGUGUAGAUGCUGUAAACUUUGAUACUCCCCCUAUUAAGAAGAGGAAGAAGGCCGCGAGUUUGACCCCUCUGGAUCAACAGGUUAAAGAAUUGAAACAAAAUAAUAAUAACAAGUUACUGGUUAUUAGAGUUGGCUACAAAUACAAAUGUUUUGCUCAGGAUGCUAUUGUUGCUAGCAAAGCAUUACACUUGAAACUAGUGCCAGGAAAAUUAACUUUUGAUGAAUCAAAUCCACAGGAUGCACAAUUUAAACAGUAUGCUUACUGUUCAUUUCCCGACACACGUCUCAACGUUCAUUUAGAAAGGCUGAUCCACCACAAUUUGAAAGUAGGUGUGGUGGAACAACAAGAGACAGGCGCGAUCAAGAAACAAACCAACAAUAAAACUAACGUUUUCGAAAGAAAAGUAACAAAUACGUUCUCAAAGGCAACUUAUGGCAUCAAUACACCUUAUUCCAUUAAUAAUGACAAAUCUGCUGUACUUGGAGACACAAAGAGUAUAUGGGCGUUGAGCAUAGUGGCUGGGGAAAAAGGCACCACAUAUCAUCUCCUAUCGGUAAAUUUAAAUAGUGGUGAAGUUAUCCAUGAUACAUUCAAUGAUUCCCUCAACUCAACAGAUGAACUUUUUACUAGAGUGAAAUAUUUGGACCCAUUUGAGGUCACAUCUUUGAACUCCAAGAACGAUAUUCAUGUAAAUAUACUAAAUCUCUUCAAACAAGAAAACUGUUCUUUAAAUUGUACUGGGAAUUCUCCAAAACCUGAAGCAUCACUCGAUUCAGUGGUACGUACUCUGAAGUUGUCAUCAGAAAUGACUACUUUAGUACACCUUCUUUAUAACUAUCUCAUGGACUAUAAUAAUGAGAAAAUUCUAGAAAUAUCUUCAAAUUACAAAACUUUUGGUUCUAAAGUUCACAUGACAUUGGAUGGUCAUGCAUUAGAAAGUUUGGACAUUUUCUCAAAUGAUGGCAAGAAAGGUUCACUUGUGUGGCUAAUGGAUCAUACCAGAACACCUUUUGGUUUCAGACAAUUGCGUCAGUGGAUUUCAAAACCAUUAGUUCAACAAGAUGAAAUUGACGCUCGAUUAGAUGCUGUUGAUUGUAUUUCAAAGGAAGUUAGUGGCAUAUUUUUUGAAGCAUUAAAUCAAAUGCUGAAAACGACGCCUGAUCUCAUGCGCACUCUUAACCGCAUUGCUUAUGGUAAUACCUCUAGAAAGGAAGUAUAUUUUUUUCUGAAGCAAAUUAAUGGUUUUAUUGAUCACUUCAAGAAACAUUCAAAUCAAAUAAACAAUGAAAUUUGCUCUGUCAAUGGUAAGAUAUAUGCACAAUCACGAAUACUGAGAGAAAUAUUUACACAAAUAAGGGAUAUCUUUCAAAGUACUGAAAUUCCCCGACUUCUAUCUAUGAUAAAUGUAAUUGCUGUUAUGGAUAAAGAUCAAGUAACUCAAGCCGUGGGGUUUUUUAAUUUGAACAAUUACGACAAUUCUGAAGAUAUUAUCGCCAUCCAACGUGAUAUUGAAGGUGUGAAGAGAGAUCUUAUGGAUGAAUUGAAAAAUAUCAAGAGAAUAUUGAAAAGGCCACAUCUAGAAUAUAGAGAUACCGUGGAGUAUCUUGUUGAAGUGAGAAACACUCAAGUUAAAGGUUUACCGGAUGAUUGGAUAAAAGUUAACAACACUAAAGCAGUUAGCAGGUUUUCAACUCCAGUAACAGCAAAAUUAACUGAAAAACUGCAGUAUCACAAAGAAUUACUAAUGCAGAAAUGCAACGAUGAGUACGAACGCUUUUUGGGUAAAGUCAAUAAAGAAUAUCCUUCUUUGAAAGUGGUAAUUCAAAACCUUGCUUCCUAUGAUUGUAUAUUAUCACUGGCGGCAACAUCAUGCAAUGUGAAUUAUGUUCGCCCCAAGUUUGUAACUGAUGCUGUUGCUCAGACAGUUGCCGUUAAAAACGGCAGAAACCCAAUUAUUGAGUCUUUGAACGUCCAUUAUGUCCCAAAUGAUGUCAAUAUUAAACAAUCUGACAAUAAGAUUAAUAUUAUUACAGGACCAAAUAUGGGCGGUAAAUCCUCCUAUAUAAGACAGGUGGCGUUGUUGAUUAUUAUGUCACAGAUUGGAUCAUACGUUCCUGCAGAUCAUAUGGAAACAAGCAUAUUUGAUAAGAUUUUAACAAGAAUAGGUGCGCAUGAUGAUUUAUUACGAGGAGACUCCACGUUCAAAGUUGAAAUGAUGGAAAUUUUGAAUAUUUUAAGAACAUGCACUCCAAAGUCCUUGUUAUUGCUAGAUGAAGUUGGAAGAGGUACUGGAACAUUAGACGGAAGAGCAAUCUCUUAUGCACUUUUGAAGUAUUUUGUGGAGCUAGAAAACUGUCCACUAAUACUAUUUACAACUCAUUUUUCCAAAUUAAGUGAAUCACUGGCUUCGAAACAUAUAAAAAACUUUUAUAUGGAUUAUGUUGAGGAGAAAAAUGAUGGCGAAAACUGGUCAAGCGUAAUAUUCCUUUAUAACUUGAUUCCAGGUUCGAGUAAUGACUCCUUUGGUUUGAAUGUUGCUAAAUUGGCAAAUUUGGACAAAGACAUCAUCAAUAGGGCUUAUGAAAUCUCUGAAAAAACCAAACAGGAAGAACUAGAAGCAGAAGCAACAUUGAAGCUAGGUAUUCUUAUUAAGAAUGUUUUACAAGCGAAGGAAGAAGAUAGACUAAAAAUUUUAAAAAUAUUAGAUAUUGGAUUAGAUUAA